UUUAUGAGAAGGGAGGGCGGAUCCUAAGAGGAUAUUGUGGCCGGCUUUCAGAGAGAGAGAGAACCCUGCUCCAUCGCUUAUCCCAGACUGAGAGAGAGAGAGAGAGUCCAUCUUCUGCCUUUGCGGAGAGUGAAGACGUGUUCCUGAAAUGCUGAAAUUUCUUCAGAGGACUUUCUGACUUCAAUCCUACUAGUUAAAGAGUGUUAGAGCACUAUAUCUCAUGGAUGGGCUAUAGCUCAUGGAAGAUAAAAAUCAUAUCAGAACAUCCUUGGUCUCCAGGUUACCAAAGUAUGGAACAAAACCUGCUGGGAAUAUCCUUCAGACAGUUUCAAAUGGAACAGCUCUUAAUUUAUCAGGGAAUACUCAGAACAUUGAUAAAAACUUCAGCAAGCACAAUGGCACUAUUAAUAUGGCUUCCUUCUCUUUUAACUGGCGAAAAUCAAAUAAGCACCAACUGGGUGAUCAGAUCAGUAGUGAAUCUAGCUCCUGCCAGAAUUCCAACGAAAGAUUGACUGAUUCUGAAAAAUGCUCUAAGUCUGACAGAGCAGUUGAUGAAGAAGUGCUCAGGGUGGGUUCAAAUAGUUCAUUUUCCAAAACAGCAAAACAAAAUAGCAUGCUUGUUUCAUCUACAGAAGAAUUAAACCAAAAGUGUUUGCCUGGGCUUUCUAGUUCAGCUACAUUUACCAAAAGUACAUUGUUAGGCAGGACGUCAUAUUCUGGACUUAAUGCUCCAAAAUCACACCUAAAUGGAAUUUGUGGAAGUCGGCCAACUGUAGGAUUGCAGAAGGGUAGAGGAAAUUGUACUGCCCCCAAGAGCAGCUCAGGGGAGAGUCUAUCACAGUCAACAGACAAUGUUAAAUCUUCUUGUGAAAAAAUGGUUAGGUCACAAAGCUUUUCACAUUCCAUUCAAAGCUCUCUUUUGACCCCUACAUCCCUAACCAGGUCACAUUCUUUUAAUAGAGCUGUGGAUCUUACAAGGCCUUAUCAAAACCAACACCUAGCUAUUAGAACAUCUCAGAGAUCAAAUCUCUUGUCAAGAAGUUUACGGCAGCUGGAUGUGCCCAACGGUAAUGAACCUUUAAGGUAUGGUUUUGUUAGAACAUAUGCUGCUUUAUUGCCUCCUGGUUUGAAGAAACAGCCACUCUCAAAUGGAUCUGGAGAGGCACCUUCUCUCAGAUUUAGGACAGGGCGCCCUUCAUUAUUGAAGCCCAGCAAUCCGAAUUUGGGUAGAAAGAUCCCUGUGGAUGGCAGUAGAAGUAAAGAUACCGGAAGCUGCACAGUAGAGGACUCUGUUUCAAACAAUGUAGCUGGAAGUACUGACGCAAAAGGCUCACAAGAUUGUGAAAGAACAAAAGAUGGAGAAGCUGUACAUAAUAAUUUUGUAGAAAGUGGCUGUAAAAUAUGCAUGGAUGGUGAUGUCGAUGAAAUAUCUAUAUCCUCCUUGUCCUCUUCUGAGAAAAAUGAUCUGAGUGAAGACUUCAGUGAUGACUUCAUAGAUUUAGAAGAUCCCAACAGAACAAUAAGAAUCCGAGAAGAGGAGGUUCCUGUUCAAGAGCUGGAACAUGGGGAUGGAGUAUCAUUAGAUAAACAUGUGUCUCUUAAAGAAAUUGAAAAACCCAGCUGUAAUUCUGAUGAAUGGCUGGAUAUACAAGUGGCUGAUGAUAAGAGUGAAAGUGCAAAGCAUCCUGUUGGAAACAAUGUGAUUUCCUCGGACAUGGACUACAGGGCUGGCUCCUCCUUUGAGCUUUCUCCAUCUGAUAGCUCGGAUGGGACAUACAUGUGGGAUGAAGAAGGUUUGGAGCCCAUUGGCAGUGUCCAUCCAUGUGGAAGUUAUGACUCUUCAGAAAUGAAUAGUAUAGACAUCUUGAACAACCUUGAUUCAUGUGAUCUUGAAGAUGAUGAUCUUAUGCUUGAUGUCGACUUACCUGAAGAUACACCCUGUGAUAAUGUGGAUUGUGAAAAUAUGAACCGUUAUGAGCGACAAGAACGAAAUACCAGACAGCAGAAGGAGGGGUUGUGGAAGAGAAUGCCACAGCGGUGGAAUGCUCAAGACCACUAUCAUCUUGGGCACACUGAUCAGUAUGCCCAUAGCAAAAGUGAUUUUAACAGGAGCUGCAACUAUUUAGACUCCCCUCCUGUUGGUCAUCUUGAAGGCUAUGGAGGACCAAGCUUGUACCCACCUCUAAGAAGUUUGCCGCCAAACACUGUGAUGCUGGAUGAAAUGACCCUUCGGCAUAUGGUUCAAGAAUGUACGGCUGUGAAAACUCAAUUAUUAAAAAUGAAAAGGAUACUUCACCAGAAUGAUGAAAAUGUGUCACUCCACAACAUCACUCUCUCAUUGCCUUCAAGCCCAGAACUGCAAGAGCCUGAACCAAUAUAUAAGACUGAAGAUUUGCUGAAUGAGAUCACACAACUUAAGGAAAAUUUAAAGAAAAAAGAUGAAACAAUCAAACAGCUAGAGCAUCGACUUUCUACCAGGUGUAAUUGCAACAACGGCACCAAGCAGUCUGAAGGGGCUAUGGGUAUAUUUGCUGACAAAUACACACAAACCUCCUGGAGGAAAUGUUCUGGUGGGUAUUCUGCUCCUUCCUUCUCUCCCUGGCAGGGCUCAUUCCAGGGCAUCCCUCGGACUCUUCCUCCGCAACGCAGACAGACACCCCGCAACAACUCAUGUAGAACGAGUCUUCACCAGAUGCUGCUAUAUUGUGGCAGGCCUCAAAUACUACAGCCUUCCAGUCUCCUUCCCCGUUUCACAGACCUCGUCCAGGGAAAACUAACAAAAACACCACACAUCGCGGCCCACAGUGAACAUCCCAGUGAAGACGAACAUAAACAUGGCCAUGAAUUUCAACAUGCUGCAAAUGGCUCCUACACCAAUAGCCAAGAUGAACUGAGCACUUUAAACACACAAAUUAAUGAAAAGUCAGAGGAAAGUGCACAUUCUAUCAAGAAUGUUAAAGUGAGAGAAAAACCUAAAGAUCUGACUGGCAGAAAAAUGAAUACACUACAUUCUUAUCCCUUUUCUUCCCAAUCAUUUACUCAAGUGAAUGCUCGAGGAGUGCAAAGCAAACUAGUUCUAAAAAGCAGUUGCUCACAAACUAACCAGGCUUCCCCGCCAAAGACUUCAAGAGCUACCAAAUUCUCAAAGCAGAAUGCUUUAGUGCCUCCUUCCAUACCUGUUGCAGAAGCAGCAUCUUCAAAUAGCUCCUCUGCUUCAAAACAUCCUGAGUUACUGCCACCAAGCAGCCCAGCACAACUGCAGUCAGCAUCCAGCCAGCGUGAUCUAAGUAGUAAGAGCCAGAGAAUCUCUAAACUUCGUCCUCCAUCCAUUUCCUUUAAGCCUAAGCAAGUAACAAACCCAAAAGUCAUGAUACCUCCUGUGCAUCAGAACAUCUCAUCACAGACAAACCACUCCAGGCAAAUAACGGAAGCAAAGGAAAAUAUGCAACUUCAAGAUUCAAGUGUCCAGUCCAGUGACCGUGUGAGUUCUAAUCGGCAUUCCCGCCUCCCUAAACCAAAGACAUAUUGAAAUAUGGUUUGCAUAUGCAUAUUUCAAUGCCCUGCAUUGUGAAGCUGCCUACCAUCAUCCUUUCUUCUCUUAAUCAUGACUCUUGGUCAAAAGCACAUAAGCACUGAAUGCUGCAUUUCCUCUGGUACAUACUUAUACCUGUUCUAAUCUCUCUUAAUUUUGUGUCAUCUAGAAAUGUGUAUAAUUUCUUCAAAACAUGGUCUAUAAAUGCCUUCUCCCACUCAUUGCAUUGAAAGAUAUCUUGGCUUAAUAGUAAAGUUUGCAGUGAUAACUGGUUACCAAACAAUUUUUCUGAGUGGGACACACUGCUUGCUGGUAAAUUUAUUCACAUUAGUUUGGAACACUGAAUAAUAAUAAUUGGCUAAGGCUACAUUUGGGGGGGGGGGCUGGCUUAUUUAAUUAUAAAUUAUGGACAAAUUAGUCAGAGCUGGCCUUUUUUAUCUUAAUCCUCAGCCAUAAUUCUGACUCUGACUCUCAGAAGCCUAUGCAAAAUGCUCUAUUUAUAACAGCACCCAACCCUAGACUUCCUAAAGGAGGUAUGCUUAGUGUUUAGUUGAGUCUUUCUCCUUUCCUUUUUAUUUUUGGCGAGGGUAAUCUCCAGAUUGCUCUUUGCUUCUUUGAUCUAUAUUCACUAUUCACAAGUGGCAAACAAAAUUUCACAGGGUGAAAUGGAUUUUAAUUUUAUUUAAGUAUCAGCUAUUCAUGUCUUGUAGAUAACCUGUGAAAUGCAAUUGUAUUCUACAGGUAUUGUGGUAUAAAUGAAAACUAGUUUUUAGGAUACAUGUCCUAAAUCUUUUUUUCAUAUAGACUGUUGUAAAAUAGUAUGUGAUGUGACUCUGGGAAUAAUGGCUCCAUGUUCAUAACAAUUGUUCCUUUUAGAGAUUAACUUAAUUGUGACAUUAUUUAUUGAUCUCUGUUGCUCUUGCAAGUCUCAAGAAGCCAACUUGAAAUAUUUGCACAAACGUUUGCCAUACAUGUAGGGAUUUGAAACUAUUUUUUGUAAUAAAAUUUAAAACAUGCA